UUGUUAAUAUUAAUAAUAAUUAUUACCAAAACUAAUUUUAAGUGUAACCGUGUAUGUUAUUAUUAUUAUUACAAUAAUAUUUUAUGUGAAGUGGCUGUGACGGAUUGCAGUGAGGAAAAUUUAACUAACGUGUAGCUUUAUUUAUUAUUAAUAUAUUAAAUAAAAUAAAAUAACUGUGAGAUAAUAAUGAUUUGGACGGAAAUAAUAUCUACCCCUGUUGUGAAAUGGUUUUCGCGGUGAAAUAGUAACCAAAUAAACAAAAUAAUUAAAAAGGAGUUAUUAUUAGAAAAAAAAAUUAAAUAAUAAAACUUUUAAAUAGAAUUGCAUGUGUCGUACCCGCGGGAUUUAGUUAACCUGUAAGAGAGGUGAUAUGUUAUUGGACAUGGAACACCAUUCGGGUCUGAUGUCCCUAAACAUGUCCCCGUUCCACUUGAGUCCCCAGGGGAGUCCGCACGGGCCGACUGGCGCCCAGCAGCAGCAGCAACAGCAACAGCAACCUCAGCAGCAACAGUCCCAUAAUUCCUCAUACAACUCCUCGUACAGUAGCUGCGCACAGAGUCCCCCAACGACGAUGUGCCAGCAGUCCCAGAGCUCCCAGAGUCAGGGCCCGGGAAACCCCAAUCAGAGCCAAAACCCUAACCAGAACCAGAACCAGGCGGGAAACGUCCUGGGGUUCGAGUCGGCCUUCUUCGACGCGAUCGCGCUCGAGGAGCGGUGUCCCAUGUGCGGCGACAAAAUGUCCGGGUAUCAGUACGGGCUUCUGACGUGCGAGUCCUGCAAGGGAUUCUUCAAGCGCAACAACUCCCCCUGCAGCAACAAAAAAGUCUACACCUGUUUGUUUUCUCCCACAGGCGGAGGGAACUCCUCGGCGAGCAACAGCGGGCUAGAUACCGGGGGCUACGCCGGGAACGGGACCUCCUUGCCGGCCAACUCUUCGACGAACCCCGCGGGGAACCCUGGCCAGAGUGUCGGCAGCACGGGCCAAGUAGUUCCACCGGGGAACGUCUGCCAUCCUGGGCUCGGGCAAGUCGGAAUCGUCACCGGAUCCGUGCCCGGUCCCUCGGACUAUCCGGACACCAAAGACGUUAUCGAGGAACUGUGUCCGGUGUGCGGCGACAAAGUGUCCGGGUACCAUUAUGGAUUACUCACGUGUGAGUCCUGCAAGGGAUUCUUCAAACGUACUGUGCAAAACAAAAAGGUCUACACGUGUGUCGCAGAACGCUCUUGUCAUAUUGACAAGACUCAGAGGAAGCGCUGCCCAUUUUGCCGGUUCCAGAAGUGCCUUGAGGUCGGCAUGAAACUUGAAGCGGUACGAGCGGAUCGGAUGCGAGGGGGUAGGAAUAAAUUUGGACCUAUGUACAAGAGAGACCGAGCGCGAAAGCUCCAGCUUCUGCGGCAACGUCAGCUCGCGCUUCAGACAAUCAGAGGGAGUCUGGGAGACCCAUCAAGCUACCCGUCGGCGGUAACGCCGUUUCUCCAUAUAAAGCAAGAAAUUCAAAUACCUCAGGUCUCGAGUUUGACGUCUUCGCCGGACUCGAGUCCUUCCCCAGCCGCGGUAGCCGCUGGACUCGUCACCACCCAGCCCAGCGGCAACACCACCAGUAGCAACAACAACAACAACAAUAAUAACAACAAUAAUAAUAAUAACAACAAUAACAACAACAAUGGCGGUGGUAAUGCAGGUCAGCAUCAGUUGAUAGCGCCUUCGACGCAGCCGACGUUGUCGGGCGGCAACCAUCUGUACAACCCGAACCCGAGCCUCGACGGGAAGCUCUGGGCCGCAAACUCCACUACCUCCAGUCCCAAGGCCUUCAACUUUGGCGAACAGUCCAGCCAAGGGCACGGUCCUAACUCCGGGACUACCUCAUCAACAGCCACCACACUUAAAACUAGUCCGAUGAUCCGCGAAUUUGUACAAUCUGUCGACGACCGAGAAUGGCAGGCCUCCCUCUUCGGGCUUCUGCAAAAUCAAACAUAUAAUCAGUGUGAAGUUGAUUUAUUUGAACUUAUGUGCAAAGUGCUCGAUCAGAAUCUCUUUUCGCAAGUCGAUUGGGCGAGAAAUUCCGUCUUCUUCAAAGAUCUCAAGGUUGAUGACCAGAUGAAAUUACUACAACAUUCGUGGUCGGAUAUGCUAGUACUUGAUCAUCUUCACCAGAGGUUACACAAUAAUUUACCCGAUGAAACAACACUGCACAACGGCCAAAAAUUUGAUCUCCUCUGUCUCGGCCUACUCGGUGUUCCCUCACUCGCCGAUUUAUUUAAUGAUUUGUCCCAAAAACUCCAAGAACUUAAAUUCGAUUUGUCGGAUUACAUUUGUGUCAAAUUUUUGAUGCUACUUAAUCACGAGGUACGAGGCCUGGUGAACAAAAAACAUGUCCAAGAGGGUCACGAGCAAGUACAACAAGCACUUUUGGAUUAUACAUUAACGUGUUAUCCAUCCCUACCGGAUAAAUUUAAUAAACUACUGGCAGUAUUACCAGAAAUUCACGUAGUAGCAAGCCGCGGUGAAGAUCAUCUCUAUCAAAAACACUGCAACGGUGGUGCCCCAACGCAAACCUUACUUAUGGAAAUGUUACACGCCAAGAGAAAAUGAAACAAUCCACCAGUAAUAUUAAUAAUACCACUAUUAAUAUUAAUAAUAAAACUAAAAUUAAAUCUAAAUUUAAAACUAAAAUUAAAAAUAACAAUAUUAUUAAAAUUAAGAUUAAUAAUACUAUAACAGCAGUUUAUUGUAAAUGUCACUUAAGUCCCGGUAUAGUUAUCGAUAAAAUUACAAUUAUAAUACAAUAACGUACCUCAUACAUCAGUAAGAGUGUGUAUUCAAAUUUUAAUUGUCUAAUUAAAGCAACCGUAAUACAGACAAAACACUCUAUGCCAUUAUAAAUCUAAAGGUUAUCGAGUCGGGGCUCAUUUAAAAAUUAUUUUCAAAUUUUUUAUUUUUCAUUUUGAAAUUCACCGCAGGAAUUGUAAAUUUAUAAACAAAGGAGUAUUUAAAAAAAAUAUAUAUAUUAUAUAUUUAAGAAAUAAAAAACUACAAUAUAUUUUCUAUAUUUGAUGUUGAAGUUUUAGAGAUGUAUCACGGGUAAAAUGAUAAUGAUUAUUAAUCAUUAAUGAUGACGUUCAAUUUUGUUUAUUAAAUUAUGUAAAAUAAAUUUCUGUUAUUGCAAUACUUUAAUUUGAAACUUUAAAACUAAUUUGAAUAAUAACGUAACUUGUUUCUUAUAAUUUAUAAUUAAAUGUGAUAUUUUUAUUAUUGAAACUGGAAUGAUGAUUAAAUUUAAACAAAAAACGUUCGCUCUAUUUAAUAUUAUAAAUUGUUAUUAUUUAAUUAGUUGUUUGAUUAACAAUUAAAGGUAUUGUUUUUUGUCUAUUGGUUUAUUUUUAUAGCGCAGGAGUUUAUAGAAGAUGCCUUGAAAACAGUACAAAGGUGGUUUAGACAGACAAAAAUCUAUUGAAUAAAAUAACAUUUUAAAAUAAUAAAUAAAUAAUAAAAACUAUUGGUCAAAGGGCAGGCAACUUUUGUCUAAAUAGGUAAUUAAUUAUAAAUAAAAAACAAAGCUAUUUUUCUAAUAAAUCUAGUGAAUGAUUAAUUAUUAAGUGUUACCACUGAAGCCUUGCUCUCACUGAAUAAUUAAAUAAUCAAAUUAUAAUUAUUAUUUUUAUCCACUAAAUAUAUUAAAACCAUGUAUAUAACAAUCUUUAUUUAAUUAGUUUUUCGACCGGGACUUGAUGUUUUGUUUUUCUUAUUUUUAUUUUAAUUUUUUCUUUACUUUAUUAUUAAUUAUUAUUAUUACUACUAUUAUUAUUUUUAAUCUAAGCCAUUUCGUGCUAGCGGGAUUCAAUGGGCAUAAGGAGAAUUGACAAAAAAAUUCAAUUAAAAAAUAAUAAGUGUCAAAAGUCCCGUUUAAUGAGGGCAAGCUUAAGAGCGUUCGUAGACAGAGCCCUCGACUUUUUAAAAUUUAAAAAUUCGUACUCAAAAAUUAAUAUUGUUUAAACUAUUGAACUAAUUAUAAAUUAUUUAUUCGGUCUGAUAAAAUUUUAAUCUAAUUAUUAUUUUUUUUUUUUCUUAAAUUAUUGCAUGAAAAAAUGAGAGGGCGAGGUCUAAGAAUGGCUUUACUCUGUAAAUUUAUAAAUUAUUUUUUGUUAAACGAUUUAUUGACGUAAAUUAUUAGUUUAUAAUUAAUGAUUUAAAAACAAAAAAAAUGACAAUUUAAAUAAUAAAAUUAUGGGAAAUUUGCAUUUUUUUGGACACUUGCACAAGCAGGGCUACUUUGUAAAUACUUAGUUAACACAUUCCAGUUAUGUUGUAUAGAUUUAAUCAUUUAAAACAUUAUAAGAUUGUCGUUUAAUUAUAAUAAUUAUUAUUAAUUAAUUAAUGGAUACGAUAGAGUUAAAGAAAGCUAUUAAAAAUAUUAAAAAAUAAAAAAAAAAAAAACAGAUAAAUAAUUACGAUCAUGUUAAAUAUGUAAUUAUAUAAUAUUUUGUGUAUAGUUUAAUAAAUAUAAAUCUAUAUAUGAAUAUAUAUAAAUAUGAAUCUGUAAUUAUAUGUGUGUCUUUAUAUAUAUAUUUAUAGAUUUAUAUGGAUAUAUAUAUCUAUAUUUCUGUUGCUUACAAAUAAAGAGAGAUAAAAAUUAGCAACUAAAUUUUAAUUAUUUACAAUUAUUUUUUUUUCUUUUUUUAGUUUAGGUGGCGGAUUGAGUUUUGUUAUUAUUAUGGAAUUAAGGAAUCAUUGGAGCAAGGUUUAUGUGGUCGUAUAAUAUUUAAAUAUUAUAAUUGUUAAAUAAUAUAAGUGUUUAAAUAAAAAUAUUUAUUUAUAAUUAUAUAAAUAUAUCCAUAAAUAUAUUUAUAUACUUAAGGAAUAAAUUUUGUCGAGUUUAUAAGUGGAGUCAUUUUUUCACAGACUAAUCAAUUGUUUAUUUUACUGAGCCAGUAAUUUAUCUGAGCUGUGAAAGCCGUCGGUCAUUGGUACCUAAAAA